AUGUCUACGACUUCUUCUCCUCGUGAACACAAGAAGAACACAGCCAAAUACGAAGCUCCUCCCGAACAGAAGGAGAACGUCGUAGCGGAUGACUUUAACCAGCAUUAUUAUCAAGGCUUGACUGAGGCUAGACCUCAGUUCACGGAGCCCGGUCAUAAGGGGUAUUAUGAAGAAGGUCCGAAGAAGGGCAUGUAUAAGCUUCCUGAUGAAUAUAAGGGAGCUCUUCCACGAAAUCAGGAAGAUUUCGAACAGAGGGUGGAAAAGGGGGGAGAAAAAAGUACUAAACAGGCAGAGGAAGAGCAGAUAGUAGGAGAGUCUGAGACGAUACUUGACGUCCCUGAUGUCCAUGAUGAAAGCAGGGAGUUUGCAAUUAAAAGCGCAGAUGCUGAGAGAACUAUCGAAUAUGGUAUAAAGGCUAAGGCUGCAUGGAAGAAGAGGUCGCGUUAUUGUAAGGAUGAUGAGGCAUGA